UGUGUGUGUGUGUGUGUGUGUGUGUGUGUGUGUGAGGCUGUAAUGGAGAGUGAGAGUGAAUUGCAUUUCUCUAACAGAAUGAGCAGGAUGCAGGUUCUUCUUCCUGCUUUUUCUCUUUUAAUGGGAAGCUUUUGUGAAAGGAAACUCCAAAACUACACAGAACACUGAGCAUCAUUUCACUGCAGCAAAACAGAACCUGAAGCAGAGUUUCUUCGUCAUCAUCUUCUUCUUCUUCUUCUUCUUCUUCGUCAUCUUCAUCUUCAUCUUCCUCUUUUUCAUAAUUGACCAGUAAGAAUCUCAAUAAUCACCUGAUUAGCUGCUUAUGAUCACUGUAGCAGAAGCUACACCUCUUUUCCCGGGACAGACACAAAAGCCACGCCCCCUUCACCUGUACAGACAUUGGGGCCACGCCUCUUUUACCAGGACAGACAUUGAGGUCAGGCCUCCAUCACUGAUUGACAGCAUGGUGGUGUGAAUGAAGUGUGUUGAGAGUUUUAGGAGCAGCAUUCAGGUGUUUAUCUGCAGGAUGGCAAGUGAUGACUCUGAGCUCUGCUCCCUACCGAGUCCUGUAGUGCGUCACAUCGAUCAACACUUCCUAAUGUGCAGCAUCUGUCUGGAUCACUUCCACAAACCCAAAGUGCUGCCGUGUCUCCACACCUUCUGUCAGAGGUGUCUUCAGAGCUUCGUCCCUGUCGACAGCCUGACUCUGUCCUGUCCUGUCUGUCGUCAGACCUCUUUACUUCCAGAGAAGGGUGUGGAAGCAUUACAGAGCAACUUCUUCAUCACAAACCUGAUGGAGGUGCUGAAGAGCCAGGACACAGAACUCGGAGAUGAAGACAUAUUGCUGGACAUCAAUGACAUCAGCAAACAGCGUCAACUGCUCUGCUCCAAACACAGAGCAAACGUGAUGGAGUUCUACUGUCCUGUGUGUGAGACAGCAGUGUGUGAGGAGUGCAGCAGUGAUGACCACGUCCAGCACACACUCGUCCCCCUCACACAGGUCCUCACACAGCACCAAGCCUCACUGCUGCAACAGUUAAACUCUGUCAGAAGCAGGCUUCCAGAGAUCGACUCAGCACUGCAAACGCUAUCUGAGAUCCUGCAGCAGCUGACCAGUCAGAAGAACUCGGUGGAGGAGAAAAUCCACAACACUUUCAGUGAACUGCAGAAGAUGCUGGAUGUGCGUAAAAGUGUGCUGCUGAUGGAGGUGGAGGUCAACUACACCCUCAAACACAAGGUUCUCCAGGCACAGUUGGAGAUGUUGCUGCAGGAGCAGGAGGCCAUGCUCAGCAGCUGCAGUCUGACAGAACGCGCGUUGUGCACUGGCUCUGAGGCCGAGGUGCUGCUGGUGGAGAAGCAGCUGAGUGAGCGUCUCAGUGACCUGGCGACUCGGGAACUUCCUCUGAGGCCUGAAGAGAACGGGCAGCUGAGCUUCACGGCAGAGACUGAAAGCUUGUGCAGCUCAGUGCGUCGUCUGGGUUCCAUCAUAACUGGCAGCGCAGUGGCAGGAGAGACUGUGGCGAGCGGUGAGGGACUGCGGCGCUGCGUGGUGGGUCGGCCCACCUCCAUCACUGUCACCUCUAAGGACAGAGAAGGAGGACUGUGCCAGACGGGUGGCGCACCUCUUUCAGCUGAGCUGAAUGGUUCAGAUGGCACACUGGUAGGAGAAGGUGAAGUUGUGGACCACAAAAAUGGCACAUAUGAAAUACUGUACACACUGCCACAUGAGGGACAGUACAUGCUCGCACUUCGCCUGUAUGGAAAGCACAUCCGUGGGAGUCCCUUUAGCAUCCGAGCCAACAAGCACACGCAGAUAUCUCACACCACCAACAGCACCAAGAGAUUCCUGAAGGCACCAGGGAGCUUCAACUCCACACCACGAGGCAUCAGGCGUCCAGACAGCCUGUACAGCUCAAGCAGGGGCAGAGGGGGAAACGCUAUGGAGGAUGACCUGAUCUUCAGAAUCGGGACUAAAGGCAGAAAUAAGGGAGAAUUUGCUAAUCUCCAGGGUGUGGCCACUACAGACUCCGGAAAAGUUUUAAUAGCAGACAGCAACAAUCAGUGUGUUCAGAUAUUUUCUAAUGAUGGCCAGUUUAAGAGCCGUUUCGGGGUACGGGGUCGGUCUCCGGGGCAACUCCAGCGACCCACAGGCAUCACCUCCCACCCUAAUGGUGACAUCAUCAUCGCUGACUAUGACACCAAGUGGGUCAGCAUUUUCUCCAGUGAUGGUAAAUUUAAGCAUAAGAUUGGCACCGGGAAGCUGAUGGGUCCUAAAGGCGUUUCUGUGGACAGGAACGGGAACAUCAUCGUAGUGGAUAAUAAAUCCUGCAGCAUUUUCGUCUUCCAGCCAAACGGGAAACUCAUCCGCAAGUUCGGCACUCGUGGAAAUGGAGAUGAACAGUUCGCAGGUCCACACUUUGCAGCAGUAAAUCAGAAUAAUGAGAUUAUUGUGACUGAUUUCCACAAUCACUCAGUGAAGGUGUUUAAUGCAGAGGGAGAUUUCCUGUUUAAAUUCGGCUGUAGUGGUGAAGGGAACGGCCAGUUUAACGCCCCCACUGGAGUCGCUGUGGAUUUUACUGGGAACAUCAUUGUAGCAGACUGGGGAAACAGCCGUAUACAGGUGUUUGACAGCAGCGGCUCAUUCCUGUCCUUCAUUAACACUUCAGCAGAUCCUCUGUUCGGGCCUCAGGGUCUCUCCAUCACCUCCAACUCUCACGUCCUUGUGGCUGAUUCAGGAAAUCACUGCUUUAAAGUUUACCGCUAUCUUCAGUGACACUCCUCAUCCCUCCAUCCACCCAUUUCGCCAUCCCAUAAUUCCUUCAUCCCUCCAUCCACCCAUUUCGCCAUCCCAUAAUUCCUUCAUCCCUCCAUCCACCCAUUCCUCCAUCGCAUAAUUAAAUCAAUCCUCCGUCCACCUAUUCCUCCAUCCCAUAAUUAAAUCAUCCCUCCUUCCACCUAUUCCUCCAUCAUAUGAUUCCAUCAACACUCCAUCCACCCAUUUUACAUCCCAUAAUUCCUUCAUAUAUCCAUCAUCCCUUCAUAUUCCAUCUAUACCUUAAUCCCAUCCUCCCUCCAGCUGCCUAUUCCAUAAUACCAUCCUCCCUUAAUCCAUUUAUCCCUCUAUCCAGUAAUACCAUUACCCCUCCAUCCACCCGUUCCUCCAUUCCAUGGUCCCAUGCUUCCUCCAUCUUGAUUAUUCCAGAUAGCACUGUUGUUUUUAGAUUGUUUUCAGGAUUAUAACAUACUGAUCUGAACACAGGAUAAAUAAAGGGAUCAAUAUAAAUAAUAAAAUAAAAUAAAAACUAUCAAAACUGU